AUGGCAUACCAGACAGUCAGCGAUCAGUCCGGUGGGUUGGCCCAGCAACAUCUGACCAUGUACCCUCAUCUGGAACCAGAGACUAUCAUCCACGACUCGGACGAUUCUUCGGUGGAUCCCACGUUAGCUCUUGGAGAGAACAGGACUGGAGAGCUCGACGGGAGAGGCGGUGUGGUCAAACGAGCAAUGUCAACGCCGGACGUGCGCGGACUCGGAGUCGAAGGCAUUGCCUUAAGUGCAGCAGACAAAAAGCGCAAUAAACUUGGCUAUCAUCGCACAGCCGUCGCAUGUGGACACUGCCGACGACGUAAGAUACGAUGCAUUGCCGCCUUCGAAGAUUCCAGCGGACGAUGCCAGAAUUGCAUUCGUCUAAAGAAAGACUGUCAUUUCUUCCCAGUUGAUCAGACAAGCCUCCCAGUUGGUCGAAGAGCCCGAACGGCAUCGAAAGCCGACACCAGCGUCGCCGAACGAGACGUGUCAGGCUCUUCAUCAGAGCAAGGCGGUCCGCCAGUGCUCAAGAGCAGUCCUGAGGAGGUGGAUCGAUCCGGUGCCAACGGCUUAGUGCCCAGCCCUUUGUCGCCGCACGAAUUGACAGGCUUUCCCAACUAUGGUGGGUCUGACGGUGCCUUUCAUGAUCGAUCUGAUGCCAGGACAGAUUACAUCCAGCCAGCCGAGCGUGUUGGCUCUAGUCAAGCCUACGGUCGACCGAACACAACUCUAUCAACACAUUUGCAAGUCAACCCGGACAUGACCCGCUCUCAGCACCAAUACUUCUCACCUAUCGCCACGCAGUUCAUGGCAUCACCGCUCGACGCUUCGCCACAGACAUCAUAUCUGGGCUCAAACCAGACCUCUGGCAACCGAUCACAGUGGUCUUUCACAGGGUCGUCCGCGUCGGCGUCCAUGUUAGACUCGGAGGAAUCCUAUCAUCCGUACGGCGCUUACCGAAACCACUCUCACCCAUCAAAUUUCCGUCGAGCUAGUGAGCCUCAGCACUCGUCCUUCGGCUAUCGCGAUAGCUACGGAUAUGCUCAAGAGGCGGUCAGCAGACAAUAUCACGAUCCUUCAAUGUAUAGUACAGGUGGCUAUACCUCACAAACAGCCACAAGCGUACCACAGCUGCCUGUCUCUGCAAGCGCAGGUUAUGGACCAGCGUGGCACCCCAAUCAAGGCGGCCUGCCAUACCUGCGCGAGGAGGAUGAUCAGUCACACCAUUAUGCUCGCAUCCAGCCCUAA